AUGGAAGAUUCUUACAAGGAUAGGACUUCACUGAUGAAGGGUGCCAAGGACAUCGCCCGAGAGGUGAAGAAACAAACAGUGAAGAAGGUGAAUCAGGCCGUGGACCGGGCCCAGGAUGAAUACACGCAGAGGUCCUACAGUCGGUUCCAAGAUGAAGAAGACGAUGACGCUUAUCCACCAGGAGAGACCUAUGAUGGGGAGGCUAAUGAUGAUGAAGGCUCCAGUGAAGCUACUGAGGGUCAUGAUGAAGAUGAUGAAAUCUAUGAGGGGGAGUAUCAGGGCAUCCCCAGCAUGAACCAAGGGAAGGACAGCAUUGUGUCAGUGGGGCAGCCCAAAGGGGAUGUGCACAAGGAUCGGCAGGAACUGGAGUCAGAGAGGAAAGCUGAGGAGGAGGAGCUAGCCCAGCAGUAUGAGCUAAUAAUCCAAGAGUGUGGUCACGGGCGUUUCCAGUGGGCCCUUUUCUUUGUCCUCGGCAUGGCCCUUAUGGCGGAUGGUGUGGAGGUGUUUGUUGUUGGCUUCGUAUUGCCCAGCGCUGAGACAGACCUGUGCAUUCCAAAUUCAGGAUCCGGAUGGCUAGGCAGCAUAGUGUACCUGGGGAUGAUGGCAGGGGCUUUCUUCUGGGGAGGACUGGCGGACAAAAUAGGAAGAAAGCAGUCUCUUCUGAUUUGCAUGUCUAUCAACGGAUUCUUCGCCUUCCUCUCUUCAUUUGUCCAAGGUUAUGGGUUCUUUCUCUUCUGUCGUUUACUUUCUGGAUUCGGGAUCGGGGGAGCCAUUCCCACUGUGUUCCCCUACUUUGCUGAAGUGCUGGCCCGAGAGAAGCGUGGUGAGCAUCUGAGCUGGCUCUGCAUGUUCUGGAUGAUUGGUGGCAUCUACGCCUCUGCCAUGGCCUGGGCCAUCAUCCCACAUUACGGAUGGAGCUUCAGCAUGGGGUCAGCUUACCAGUUUCACAGCUGGCGUGUGUUUGUGAUAGUCUGUGCGCUCCCCUGUGUCUCCUCAGUGGUGGCCCUCACGUUCAUGCCUGAAAGCCCGCGGUUCUUGUUGGAGGUUGGAAAACAUGAUGAAGCGUGGAUGAUCCUUAAGUUAAUUCAUGACACAAACAUGAGAGCACGGGGUCAGCCUGAGAAAGUCUUCUCGGUAAACAGAAUCAAAACCCCAAAACAAAUAGAUGAAUUGAUUGAAAUUGAGAGUGACACAGGAACAUGGUACAGGAGAUGUUUUGUUCGGAUCCGCACAGAACUCUAUGGAGUAAGUAACCAACCUGCCCUGACUGCCGGCCAACUUAUUUGGUUGACUUUCAUGAGAUGUUUCAACUACCCCGUCAGGGAAAAUACAAUAAAGCUUACAAUUGUUUGGUUCACCCUGUCCUUCGGGUACUAUGGCUUAUCUGUGUGGUUCCCUGAUGUCAUUAAACAUCUGCAGUCGAAUGUGUUGCCAAUUCAAAAGAUAGAGAGAGAGAAAAUUUCAAACUUCAGUGUUAACUUUACAAUGGCAAAUCAGCUUCACCUUGGAGCGGAAUACGAGAAUGGCAGAUUUCUAGGGAUGAAGUUCAAAUCGAUAACUUUCAAAGAUUCAGUUUUUAAGGCCUGUACCUUUGAGGAUGUGACUUCAGUCAACACCUACUUCAAGAACUGCACAUUUGUUAACACCAUUUUUGACAACACAGAUUUUGAGCCAUAUAAAUUCAUUGAUAGCGAAUUUCAAAACUGCUCAUUUUAUCACAACAAGACGGGAUGCCAGAUUACCUUUGAUGAUGACUAUAGUGCCUACUGGAUUUAUUUUGUCAACUUCCUGGGGACAUUGGCAGUGUUGCCAGGGAACAUUGUGUCUGCUCUGCUGAUGGACAGAAUUGGGCGCUUAACGAUGCUAGGUGGCUCCAUGGUGCUUUCAGGGAUCAGCUGCUUCUUCCUGUGGUUAGGCAGCAGUGAAUCCAUGAUGGUAGGCGUGCUGUGUCUGUAUAACGGGUUGACUAUCUCGGCCUGGAACUCUCUUGAUGUGGUCACUGUGGAGCUGUACCCCACGGACCGGAGGGCAACAGGCUUCGGCUUCUUGAACGCCCUGUGCAAAGCAGCGGCCGUGCUCGGGAACUUGAUAUUCGGCUCCCUGGUCAGCUUCACCAAGUCGAUCCCCAUCCUGCUGGCGUCCACUGUGCUCGUGUGUGGAGGACUCGUGGGCUUGCGCCUGCCGGACACACGAACCCAAGUCCUGAUGUAAGGGGAGCAAGCCGCCCGCAGGCGUCUGUCUCCUGCCCUGCUCGACACUCCGGACUGACCCAAGGCUUUAGAUUUUUUCAGAUCUCAAAAGGUGGAAAAUACCAGAACACUAACUCUUGCUGCGACUAAGAUGUAGAUGCCAGGCACCCCCACCUUAGAUGUGAUUGCGGCAUUUUCCCCUGCAUCCUCACCCCCGCUGGGCCACCCUGCUGGGCCAGGCUUCCUACGGCUGUGCUCGCGGGGUGCUCCGGGGUGCUCCAGGGUGCUCCGGGGAGCUCGCAGGGUGCUCUUGGGGGUGCUCCGGAGUGCCCAUGGGGUGCUCUGGGAUGCUCUCGGGGUACUCCGGGGUGCUCGCGGGGUGCUCAGGGGCGCGGGGGGGCCUG